UCGCGACAGCUUGAAGCCUUUGGCCGCACCGUUCAUGCCACUGCCAGCCACUUUAUCGGCCCUCUUGCCGGCGAUCCUCACCACUAUCAAACCGCCCUAGGCGACAUCCACCGCGAGCUACGCCGGCCCUUGAUACAGCGUUCUGUAUUUGAGCUUGCUAAAGCCUCUCCCAAAGAACUUGUUCGAUCUACUUUCUCCACCUCCGAGAUUCAGCACCGCGCCCUGGUCCAUCUCCCAGACGAUCUUCUCCGCCACAUUCCCGAACGUACCAGCACAUACUCUCUAUUCCAAGGAUUCCAGGCCUCUAAACCAGAAGAGAAGAAGAAGUCACAUCGCAGCAACGACAAAGGCCAGAAGCUACUCGGUCAUGACAGCGACGAUGAACCAGACUCGACCCCAACUACCCCUGCAGCCGCCCUCAAGAAGGUCAAAUCGAAAAAGGCCACCAUGGAACAUCGCUUGGAGAUGAUGGGCAUCCGCAAGAACAUGUGCAUUUCCGAGAUCAAAGAGAUUGAUACGAAGAUUGCCAACCUUAAUACCAUGAGAAAAAUCGUUCUUCAACGACUAGCUGGUCAUGAGCAGGAAGAGGUCGACCUUGAGCAUGAAAUUCAAGAGAUGACUGAGAAGCUUCAGGACAUGCAAGAGGCUCUUGAAGAUGCUGCUGCUUUGGCUACCAAGUCUCCACCAUUAGAGCCUACGCCAGACGCGCCUGCUGAAUUAGCCGAGUCUACCGAAACCUUCAUGUCUGAAUCUGUCUAUGGAAAACUGCCUGCCCCUUCACCUACUAAGACGGAGAAGGAGAGAAAAAAGCGCCGCGUCAACAGGCGCAAAUCCAUGCCUGUGCUACACGAGCACAUGGAAAAGGGUUCUCGCAUCCGCGAGUUCCAAGCUCACAAUGACAUGAUUACUGCUCUAGACUUUGACGCUCCUUUCGGGACUCUUGUUUCUGCUGCUCUCGAUGAUACAGUACGUGUAUGGGAUCUGAAUGCUGGAAGAUGCAUUGGUCUUCUUGAAGGCCACCACGCCUCGGUUCGCUGCCUCCAGGUACAGGAUAACUUCGUAGCUACUGGUUCAAUGGAUGCUAGCAUUCGCUUCUGGGACCUAAACCAAGCCGAGUAUUCACCUCCGCCGAGUUCACGGAGCAACAGGUUUGGUCGGGACAGGGACACGGACGAAGAAGACGAUGCCGAUAUGUUAUCUGAUCCAGAAUUGGAUCCUCUCCCUGUUGCGCCUACAUCUUCCAUGCAAGAUUGUCUGAUCACCGAACUCUCUGCCCACGUGGCCGAAGUUACAGCUCUCCACUUCCACAAAAAUACUCUUGUUUCUGGUUCGGCCGACAAGACACUUCGCCAGUGGGAUUUGGAGAACGGCCGCUGCGUGCAAACACUUGAUGUCAUGUGGGCAGCCGCUCAAGCUACUGCUGCAGAUUCUAGUGCCUCAGAAGGCUGGUGGCGACCUGCCUCUGGCCGUUUGCCGCCUGCUGAAGCAGACUUUGUCGGCGCCAUCCAGGUGUUCGAGACAGCAUUGGCAUGCGGUACGGCAGAUGGUAUGGUUAGACUCUGGGAUCUGAGAAGUGGCAGCGUUCACAGGAGUUUGGUUGGCCACACGGGGCCUAUUACGUCUCUAGCCUUCUCUGGCAUUCACAUGGUGACUGGCAGUGCUGAUCGCAGUGUUCGGAUCUGGGACCUCCGCACUGGCGGCAUUAUUGACGCAUUUGCAUACGACUCACCUAUUGUCGACUCAUCUGUUGACGCAAGACACAUCGUGUCAGCCAUUGGCGAAUCGGUGGUCAAAAUCUACGAUAAGACAGAUGGCAACCAGUGGGACUGCGGACCUGGAGCCUCUGAGCAAGAAGACCAAGGGCCGCUCUCGACCAUCGAGCGUGUCCGCAUCAAGGACGGAUAUCUGGUUGAAGGUAGAAAAGACGGUGUUGUUGGAGUGUGGUCAUGUUGA